AUGCAGCUCUGCAAGCGCUUCCCGACUCUCCUGGUCCGUGCCACCCGCCAGAAUGCGCGUUCCGUCGCUCGCCAGUCUCGGUCACUUGUGGCUCUGACACAGACCGCAACUUCUGCUCCUCGCGGUCUGCGCUGCGUUGCAUUCCCGUCACUCCGCUUCGGUGCUGCUGCUACCUUCAGCACGCAGUCUGGAGGUCGCGUAGUGGCAAUGGGCGACCGUGUGUCUCUACACAUGGAUGGCACGCUGUCCGGUGGCGAGUCACUUCCCAAGACUCAGGGAGGCGCCCCGCUUAAGUUCAUCGUGGGCAGUGGCCAAGUUCUCCCCGGUGUGGAAGACGCUGUACAGGGCAUGAAGACGGGCGAGUCAAAAACUGUAGAAAUUGAGCCUGCCCAGGCUUUCGGAGCCGACAAGCAGAUUUUGACUGUCCCACUUAAGGAGAUGAACUUGCCCGAGAAGGAGCGCGAGAUGCUCGCGGUGGGUCAAGUGUUGGAACUCGCGGGUGGCGAGCGUGCACUCAUUGUCAAGCUCACAGACGACACGAUGGACAUCAACUUGGCUCACCCGUACGCUGGUCAGUCUCUGACUGUGACGUUGGAGCUGGUGGACCACGAGUUGCACUCGGAGUUGCAUGCGGACGAGCGUCUUGUGUUGCCUGAGGCCAUCCAAGAGGGUGACAAUGUCACCUUCCCUGUACGUGGCGAUACAAUGGUCAUGCACUACACGGGCAAACUCGCCAAGGACGGCAAAGUCUUUGACUCGUCGAUCGAUCGCGGUCAGCCCUUCCAGUUCCAGAUCGGCGUCGGCCAGGUCAUUCGUGGCUGGGAUGAAGGCGUCAUGCGGAUGAGUAAGGGCAUGAAGGCCACGCUCAACAUCCCGGCGGCUAAGGGCUACGGUAAGGCCGGCGCUGGUGGCGUUAUCCCGCCCGACGCCGACCUGGUGUUCGAGGUCGAGCUGCUGGACAUUGUGCGUCGUUAA